AUGUCUCUCAAAACCCUCUCAGACGCGCCAAGGGCUAGCUUCCUAGGCCUCCCCUUGGAAACGCGCGAGCAAAUCUACUGGGAAUACUUCACCAUCGAAGGGGGAUACAUCUACGACGCCGUAACCGACAAAUUAGUGCAGGCCAAUCGCUGUAAAAUUGACCUAUCACUACGACAAGUCUGCCGCAAGAUUGCGCACGAGACUCACGAUUAUCCUUUCACACUCAAUACCAUCACUUUCUCAACAGCCUACAGACGAGACUGGAGAAAGAAGGCGGCUAUGCUGGACUUUAUUACAACCUACCACUUCCGUCUUCUAUGUGCCAUGCUGGAUCGCCUCAGGCAUUGCUUGACCCCCGAGAUGUACGAGACACCCAUCCAGCACGACUCUAGGUACAUGUCGGUCAUGGCAAAGAGCAUUUCCGACACGAUUGAUCUGGAGACCCGCCAUCCAGAAUACAAUGCGGAUUUACGUGCAAACUUUAUGAUGGAGGACUUCAAGGCUGGCUGUGGAUAUAAGGACGAUGGAGGUGACCUCACAAGACCAUCGGACCACGACAACAACAUAUCAAGCAAUCGCGCAUAUACCUACCUGCUACAACAGAUUGCAAACCGAAAUCCUGAGAAGUUCAGGGAGGGAAUUGAUGAUGUUCUUCCAGGUUGGGCCAAGUCCAAAUCAAGCCCAACAUCAGACUUUUUCAGACUUGGCUUCGACUUCUGGGCAAUACCUUCUAUGCGCGAAAUCACGGAUAUGGUGAAAGAGCUUCAAUUGGAGGAAACAUGGGAUCAAUUGGACCUGUGGCGUUACAGCGAAUACCUCAAAGAGGGCUACACUGGUACAAGGUACUGUUACCAGCGCAAGCAUUUCUUUUCUGCUGCAGCCUUGGCUAUUCGCUUCCUGAAGAGCAUGUCACAGAUCCAACGCCUUCUCAUCACCAAGUUAAUUCUCAAUGAGGAUAGAAUGGCCGUUGGAAACCCUGAGUGCCAUAUAAUUGGCUUAAUACCUUUCACAAAGGAAAAUCCUAAGCUAUCUAUGGAGCAUCGGGUCAACUUGUGGCGAAAUAUUAUUCUUAGGAGCGACAACCCAUCGUUGAGGAUCUAUCCCGCUCAUAGCGAGUCCGUCAUUGAACGUUCUGAGGACGAACUAGGUCCACAUCAGGUAUAUCAUGAAUAUCCUAGCCGAGAGAUUUGCCGUUUUAUUCUGCAUACCCUGGAAUCAUUGAGAGAAGGAUUACCACCUAAUUCAUACUCUUUUAUCUUCGAUGGAGAACCUGAGUUAAACCAUUCGACGGAAACUUUCCGAUAUCUCAUGGAAAUUCAAAUCGCCUGGAUAACUGCAUAUACCGACUGCGUGGCCCAGGGAGUCCUUGCAGCACCAGAAAACAAGGCUUACCCCUUCCAAACCUGCACUUCAACUACCGAAACAGCCGCUGUCCAAGGCAGAGGUUCGAUCAUUCAAUGCAACUUUACGCUAGACCAGCCUUGGAACUAUCGCAAAAUCGCAGGGGAUGAUAACAACAACAUUAAGGGUCGGAAUUCAGUUAGAGAUGUCGGGCGAGACUUUGACAUUAAUGAUGACGAUGAUCUGGACUGGGACAAACUUUAUGUCUCGAAUGGUAAGGUAGAUUGGACGCAGAUCCAGCGCGAGUUUUUUGAGAUAAAACCACGCUCCGACAUACCAGAAGGAGAAACGAAGGCCCUUACUCACAGGGGCUUACGAGAAUAA